ACAAUAGCGUUAUUUCGGUGCAAGAUAUUAAGGUCUGAAGGAUUAUCUUUACGAUAACGAGCAAAAAAGAAUCAGAGUGCAUAUUUAUCGUCCUUUGAAAAGAAAAUUGAAAAUAGAAGAUUGUUCUUUGUUGCAUGAGAGCAUAGGUAUUGCAAUGUCUAUUAAGAGAGAAGAAUCUUCAUCACAAGGAAAGGAUAUUGAACAAAUAAAUUGUAGGCAAUCGGAGGCUGGAAGAGUGAAAAGACUCACUCAAACUUUUGAGGACAUCACCCUACAAAAAACACAGAUACAUCCUAAUAAACGGAAGUCUGGGUUUUUUUCUCACGCUCAGGCACCAGUUGGAAGCUACUCACAACGUUUGGAUAUUGACAUUCCAAAAUUACGUGAAAUUUUUGGAACAUUAAUAAACCUACUUCAAAGAGAAGAAUUUGAUGAAGAUAUGAAAUCAGAAUUAGAGUGUAUUUUCCCAAAUUAUCUCAAGAUGCUUGAAGAAAGAAUUUGCGAUCUGGACAGAGAAGACAAUGGAAUUGUUGUAGCAGGGGAGACCAGCUCUGGAAAAUCAACUUUGAUAAAUACACUCAUUGGAGAAAAUAUACUGAAGUCUAGAACAACAGAAAAUACUGCGACUAUUUGUAGAAACUGGAAUUCAGAAAACAUUGGACUUAAAGUCUACAAUGAAAAGUACGAAUGCAUCCAUUCCAAACAAGAUUAUACAAAAGAACAGCUAUCUGAUUUUCGAAAAGAAGUUCAGAAGUUUACAGACGUGGGUAGCAUGCCAAACGACUGCUCAUUUGUGGAUAUCUUGUUUCCAGUUUCUCUUUUGAAGGGAAAAACAAUUUUAGUGGAUACUCCUGGAGUUGGAGGAAGUAAACGUUUGGCAGAGUUAAUGAUGAAGUACUUACAAAACGCAGUAGCCUUCGUUUUUGUAGUAAAUGCAUCUAAUGCCGGUGGAUUACAGGAUGAUAGGCUUCCUAUAAUUUUGCGGGAAAUUCUACACUAUCAUUCAGCCAACAAAAUGCCAUGUUUUGACCCAAGUGACGUAAUUUUUGUGACAAACAAAUGGGACGUUAUCUUCUCUUCCUGUGAGGAGGACAGCGAUGAAGACGAUAUCACACUUACUUGGGAAAAAGUAAAGGCAUCAAUCAAGAAGCACUGGGGAUCGGUGAAAGAUGAACAAAUUUUUCAAAUCUCACUGAAAAAAAUGAAAGAAGCUGCAAAUAACCAGUUCAAAACAGAAUAUGUAAGAUUUGAAGAAAAGUUGAAGGAAAUAAUAGACAGAAAUCAUGUCAGUCGCAAACAGAAGCAUUUAAGGUUUUUGGAUAACAUUCUUCGAGUUUUGCAGAGAGUAACGUGUGGGAGAAUUUUAUCCUCGAAGCUGUCCGAAGUCGAUCAUCAAAAGUUGGCAGAGAAAAAUAAUCAAACAAUGGAAGAUCUUGUGAGGAAAAAAGAACAGAUCAACAAAGAUCUCCGAUCCCAGUUAGAUUCCUAUAUUUGCUCCCUGAGCGAUGAACUGAUGUAUUAUGUUUGCUCAGUUGAGGGAAAAACCCAAAUUUUAACCCCACCAGGAAAAAAGGACAUAAAAGAAGUACAUGUUUUUGCAUUAGAGAGAAAAGUGAAGGAAAGAUACAUAUGCUUUCUCGAAAAUUGGCGCCAAAGUCCAGAAGUUAUUUGUGUCUUUCAAGACCUCGAGCAGCAAAUUAAAGACUCUUUUAGUACAUUAAAAGGAAAAAUUGAGGAGCUUGAAAAAGAAUUGAUGGGCUCCCAAUAUUCUCCACCAAACAAAGACAUUACCACAAGUCCCGGUUGGUUUCCAGUUCUCGAUAUUGCUGGGACGCUUUCCACAAUUGCUGGAGUUGUGCUAUCUUCACUUUUUUCUUCAGACUUUCAAGAUGAAAGGAAAUCAACAGUUAUUGACAAAAUGUACGAGAAAUGUGUCAGGAUUUAUGAUAAGGAGACCGUAAAAAAUGAUUUGGAGAAUAUAUAUGGAAACCAUUACAGGAAUGUAAUUGAGUGGAUGCUCGAUGGGUCAAUUGGAGAUGAUAUUAGAAGUUUAAAGAAAACAGUUUUGCAAGUGUACGAAAAGCGAAACGAGUACAAAGCUAAGCAUGAAAAAUACCAAAUUUUUAAAGAAGCCCUGAAGGAUUUAAAGCUACAGAUAAAAGAAACAAAUGAUGAUAUUGCCAAAGUUCUUGAAACUACUCGCCUUUGAAGAGUCCAUGGCUGAUUUUGAUUGACAAAAUAAUUCAGUUACUUGCAUAUGCACCAAAACAUUUGAUAAAUGUAGAUUUUUGUAAAAUCCAAAUAAAAAUCAAAAUAAUGU